GAGAGGGAACAGGCGGAAGUUCCCCGCAGGCCUUAGGGACCGCGCCAGCCGGGCGAGUCACUUGUCAGCGCUGGUCCGAGGCGGAGGCUACGCCACGCGGCUGCGGAGUUUGUUUGAUCUUCUGUCGUUGGACUUGGAUCCAUUGGAACCAUGAGCAACUACAGCGUGUCCUUGGUUGGCCCAGCUCCGUGGGGCUUCCGGCUUCAAGGUGGCAAAGAUUUCAACAUGCCUCUGACAAUCUCUAGUCUGAAAGAUGGGGGCAAGGCAUCCCAGGCCAAUGUGAGAAUAGGCGACGUUGUCCUCAGCAUCGAUGGGAUCAGUGCGCACGGAAUGACUCAUCUUGAAGCACAGAACAAGAUUAAGGCUUGUACAGGCUCUUUGAAUAUGACUCUGCAAAGAGCAUCUGCUACAUCCAAGCCUGAGCCAGUUACUGUUCAGAAGGGAGAACCUAAAGAAGUAGUUAAGCCUGUGCCCAUUACAUCUCCUGCUGUGUCCAAAGUCACUUCCACAACCAACACGGCCUACAAUAAGGCACCUCGGCCCUUUGGUUCUGUGUCUUCACCAAAAGUCACCUCCAUUCCAUCACCAUCGUCUGCCUUCACCCCAGCCCAUGCCACCACCUCAUCACACGCUUCCCCUCCACCUGUGGCUGCUGUCCCUCCUCCCCCCUUCUCUGCAUCUGGACUGCAUGUUAAUGCCAACCCUAGUGCUGACCAGUGUUCUUCUGCACUGAGCACGGGUAAAACUGCAGUUAAUGUCCCACGGCAGCCCACAACCACCAGCGUGUGUUCCGAGCCUGCUCAGGAGCUAGCGGAGGGACAGAGAAGAGGAUCCCAGGGUGACAGUAAACAGCAAAAUGGCCCACCAAGAAAGCACAUUGUGGAGCGCAAUACAGAGUUUUACCACAUACCCACUCACAGUGACGCCAGCAAGAAGAGACUGAUUGAGGACACUGAGGACUGGCGCCCAAGGACUGGAACAACUCAAUCUCGCUCCUUCCGAAUCCUCGCCCAGAUCACCGGGACUGAACAUCUGAAAGAAUCGGAAACUGAUAAUGCAAAGAAGGCAAACCCCACUGAGCACCCCACCUCGGCAGGAGCCUCACCCCGGAUGGUGUGUGAAGGUGCCGACAGCACAAGUGUGGGCAGACCGGGUGCGGCCAGCCUUACCACCGCCGCUGCCUUCAGACCCGUAGCAUCCACCGGCAUCAUCAAACCACCCAGCUGGCAGCGGCCAACCCAAGCAGCACCUUCUACUGGAAGAAUCUCAAACAAUGUGACUUCCUCAGGAGCCGGGGAACCAGCUGGCUCAGCUGCGGGGCAGCCCCAGCCCAGCGACCAGGACACAUUGGUGCAAAGGGCGGAGCACAUCCCCGCAGGGAAGCGAACUCCCAUGUGUGCUCACUGCAACCAGGUCAUCAGGGGACCAUUCCUAGUGGCACUGGGGAAAUCUUGGCACCCAGAAGAAUUUAACUGUGCUCACUGCAAAAACACCAUGGCCUACAUUGGAUUUGUAGAGGAGAAGGGGGCUCUGUAUUGUGAGCUGUGCUAUGAGAAAUUCUUUGCUCCUGAAUGUGGUCGAUGCCAAAGGAAGAUCCUUGGAGAAGUCAUCAAUGCUUUGAAACAAACUUGGCACGUUUCCUGUUUUGUGUGUGUGGCCUGUGGAAAGCCCAUUCGUAAUAAUGUAUUUCACCUGGAGGAUGGGGAACCCUACUGUGAGACUGAUUAUUAUGCCCUUUUUGGUACUAUAUGCCGUGGAUGUGAAUUCCCCAUCGAAGCUGGGGACAUGUUCCUGGAAGCCUUGGGUUAUACCUGGCAUGAUACUUGCUUUGUAUGCUCAGUGUGCUGUGAAAGUUUGGAAGGUCAGACAUUUUUCUCCAAGAAGGACAAGCCUCUUUGCAAAAAGCAUGCUCAUUCUGUGAAUUUUUGAAAGCCAACAGUUCAGAAGAAUUUUGAAAAAAAAGGAAAAGAAUUAAAUUACCAAUUAAGUUUUAGAUUAUUUUCAUGAAGAGUUGAAAACUAAUAGUAUCCUGAAGAGAAACUUCUAUCAUUAAAAACCAAGUCUAUGAGGAAAUACUUGGUUUUAUAAAAAGGACAGUUUAGCAUUUAGGUAGUACUUUUUCCUGUAUUUCCCCCCCAAAUAACCUUUAUCAAAGUUUUUCUGAUUGACUAUUAAAGUCAUCUUAGAAUACAUCAAAGAAUGAAAUUUUAGGAAGAAUGCCUCUAGUCUCUAUUCUGAAAUAAUUAUACUUUCCUUGAUAAAUAGUUAUCAGAGUAUCUGCAAAAAGCAGUAGAAAUGACUUAAACUUUAUUAAUAAGAGAAUCAUGGUUAAAAACUGUUUAUCUUUGAAAUAGUAAAUAAGAGUUUAAACAGAAUAUUAUCAGUAGGAAGUGUCAGUUUCAUUGAAAAUGUGUGUACUUUUCUUUUGGUCUUAGAAUUGAUCAUUCCAGUAGGAAAGGCCAAUGAGACUUUUGAUCAAAAUGUAUCCAGCCAAUAAGAGUGUUACAUUGUUCUCUUAUCUCUACCUUCCUCCCCAGAACUGCAUAUAGCUUACAUAUCUCAAUUGUUGCUUUUAUUGAAAUAGGACAGUUUCCAUUUACUGUGUAUACUUUAUCACCUGUAUUAGUCAAACUCCAAUUUUUUCCCUCCCUCAUAUUGAGAUACAGAGCUAAUUAAAUGUCUUGAAGCUCUACAGUUUUCUCUGUGCUGCGAAGAAGUAGGUAGUAGAUAGUUAGGAGUUGUGGUAACCGAAGGAUUGUGCCUAACCUAAACAACAAACCAAAAGAACCACUUUCCACUUUCAGAUGAUGAAAAUCUGAUCACUUUUAGGCCCAUGCCACUGACUGAAAAUUUGAGAGCUCUUCUUGCUAAGGGAUAAAAAAGUUCUACAUUAGGACUGGUUAGACAGCUGUGAUAAAAUGGUGUGUGUGUGUGUGUGUGUGUGUGUGUG